GCACAACGUUGCGACACGCGUGUCACGCGCCACUCUACUCAGAUACGCGCGAAACUUUGCGUUCGAAACUUAAAUAAAAAUCAACUUUUUAAAAAAGUAGUACUUAAAUAAAACCAGUGUUCUGUUAAAAAAGUUUGCACUAAUUGUGCCGGAUUUUUGGAUUUGCUUCAACUUUCGAAUUCGCCAUGAAUGAGAAACGACUGCCUGUCUGACCUUCCAACCUGCGAAGGGAAAACAAGCUCAAUACAGACAGAUACCGCUUGCUCGCAGAUUUGAAGAUGGAUUUAAUAAUACGUGAAUUGUACGAGUACGGAUAAGUAGGUCGUCAGCUGAUGACCUGAAAGAAUAACUAUUUUAAUAAUAAAUAAAUAAAGACUUACAAUGUUUACUUUAGGCAAUGAAACGAAUAUAACGGACAAUUUCUCAAUGUCAGCAGUUGAUCCCACAGACAUUUUUGGACCUCAACGAGACUCUCUCUAUAUCGUACUGCCAAUAACAAUCAUUUACACCCUCAUUUUUAUCACUGGGUUGUUCGGCAAUAUAUUUACAUGUAUAGUUAUAAUCCGCAACAAAAGUAUGCACACCGCAACAAAUUACUACUUGUUUAGUUUAGCCAUAUCUGAUUUGCUGUUGUUAGUGAGUGGGAUGCCUCAAGAGAUGUACUCUAUCUGGUCAAAGUGGCCGUAUGUGUUUGGGCAUACGUUUUGUCUGAUCCGGGGGUUAGCAGCGGAGACGUCGACGAACGCGAGCGUGCUGACGAUCACGCUGUUCACCGUAGAGCGGUAUCUGGCCAUCUGCCACCCGUUCGUGUCGCACAAGAUGUCCAAGCUGUCGCGGGCUAUGAAGCACGUAAUGCUGCUGUGGGUGGUGUCGUUCGGGCUGGCGCUGCCGCAAGCGCUGCAAUUCGGCAUCAAAGACCACCAGGGAGUCACCAUGUGCCUACAGACGCGUGUCAUCAUCGCACACUCCUUCGAAAUAUCCACAUUCUUCUUCUUCUUCGCACCGAUGAUACUAAUCACAGUGCUGUACUCCCUGAUUGGAUUGAGACUGAAAAAAACUAGUAUAAGCAAACAAACUAAAGAGAAAGAAGAUUUUGAGAGGAAUAUGAGGUUUAAUCAUAGAAUACGUAGAAAACAUAGCCAGUCGACGAGACGGGUCGUGAAAAUGUUAGUGGCUGUGGUGGUAGCGUUCUUCAUUUGCUGGGCGCCGUUCCAUGCUCAGCGGUUGGUAGCAAUCUACGGAACAGCUGAGAACCACCUGGCCCGCUCCCCCGUCCUUCUCUUCGUCUACUCAACCCUUACAUACAUCUCAGGGAUCUUCUACUACAUGUCUACUUGCAUCAACCCCAUAUUUUACCACAUCAUGUCCAACAAAUUCCGGGAAGCGUUUAAGAACACGAUGAUGCACUGGUGCUGCCGCGAGGAGCGCCGCACCCUCCAGCGCUGCUCGUACACCGCCAUCGCCUUUGCCCGACAUCCCAACUCCAACGGAACUAUCAACUCAGGUAACUCUACACGAAAUGAGACGCCAAUACACACCAAGGCAACAAGGCUUGACAGCAAGGAGCAGAUCAUCAACAUAGACGGACAACAGUUCCGAGUGUGUGACUACUGCAACCGAGCGAUGCCGACAGCGGGGCAGAUGUGCCGUACGCACGGCUGCCACCACAAGUACACAGUGGACUUCAAGAACAAGAGGGACCACGUUGAUAGCAAUCCUCGCUCAGAUAGGAGCAAACCGAAUUUCAUCGAGAUGUCGCUAGUGCCGGAGAAGCGCAAAUUCUGCGGGCCGUCGUGCUGCGCGGCGCAGGAGUCGCCGAGCGAGACGCCCACGCCCCCCACCCCGGACGCCGCCACCGGCAGCUCCGAGGAGAACAGAACACAGUACUACCCGGUACAAUCAGACAAGUACACGAAAGAGAUCAAGCUGCGAAUGAAGCAGCGGUAAACAGACUGUCCAUAGAACAUAUUAAGUGUUGUUGUUUAAGCCUAGGUUACGUAAAAUGUGGGUGUAAGGGUACUGGAAUGUUUGUUGGGGCACAACAUCGAUUUGCCCGUGAAAUAUCCCGAAAUAUACAAAUCAGCAAUCAAAAUGUUAUUCAUGUUUAUUGGCACAUGCGCCUCAAGAAAACUUUCCGUUUGGUAUCAUGAUGCGCUCAAUUCGAAUGCGUAGAUUGCCGUGUGAAAGUCCACGGAAUAGUUAUCUAUUUUGAAGUCAAUUCGAUACAUAAUUCGAAGUUUUCUUUUCAAACUAAAAAUAUAUAUAAGUACUCGUCAAUAUAUUAAUUAUUAUAAUCACCUCAAAGUAUGGCUCCUACUCGAAUAAAUCAUCAUAUCAAAUCCUACUCGAAUAAAUAAUCAUCAAGACUCCUUGUAUACAUUAAAUACGUCAUAGACACGAUAAAACACUAUUUUUUCAAUCCAUCAUUUUCUGUUGAUCAAUAACCUUGGGUAGGUACCUAAUUUGUUUCAUCUAAUAAUGAAUAAUAUUGUUUUUUUCAUAACAACUUUUUAUCAAAAAGUUUUUAGUCAAUUACUUAAGUAACCAAUAAAAACGAUAUAGUACGAUGACCACAAACAGAUGCAAUAGGUAUCAACGCAAAAAGAUAGAAGGGUUAUUUUCUUUAAUGUAUCUUUCAGAACCAUUAGCUCUCUAAAAUUCGAUGAUUAUAUACUUACGUAGGUACUUCUAAUUUUUAUCUUACCUUUUUGAUUCAGAUUUGUGGUCAUAUUCGACAAUGUUUUGUCCGGCCAAGUAGUUAAUGCCAUCUGCGGCAAAUCUACAAUAAGUCACGUCAAAAAAAAAAAAAAAAAUUCGACAAUGAGAAAAAUAGUGUUGAACGCCGUUCAGCAAAACCGUUUCCAUAUUGAUAAAAUUUUCCAAUAACAUGGACAAGUGAUUUAAACGAUCAAACCAAAUUAUCACGUCAAAACAAUGAAACUUAAUCAAAAUCAAAUGUUCAGUCAACCAAACAAUAUACUUACUUACUUUAAAUUUAAACAGGGAUAGUGUGUGCCUGAAUCGGGUUAAAAUGAAUGUAUAAUACUGUUUUGUUUGAUCGCACUAUUAUAAUUAAGUAGAUAUCCUUUGUAAAGAGACCUAUAGAACGAACAAUAUGGUGAUUUUCCAUUACAUUAGGCGAGACAACAAAAUAAAUAUGUACUUUAUACAAAUAAAAUAUGAUACUUACUUACACAUGAAUGAACAAUAAGGCUGCCCAAAUUGUAUUGUUAUGUUAUUUCUGAUUGUUGAAAUUUAGUUCUGUGCAAGAAAGUAUAUUUGAUUUGAUUUGAUGAAUUUAAAUAUAUUUAUUCCUCUAGAGAAUCAAUUAACAAAAUAAAAUCUAUGAAUUUCCAUUAACUUAAACAUUCGAACUUACUAUAAUCCGUUGACUUCGAAAGGGAUUGUUCUACAUACAUUUUCUAGGUUUUUUUUCUUCUAAAUAAAUCACACUAACGUGAUCACGUUUUCACUGGAACCGCUUACGUAACCUUAAAAUUCAACAGAAAUCAGAACCUAAUAAUAAUGAAUGUCAAGCACUAAGUAAUAUGAGUUGUUUCAGCAUUAUUCAUAUUUGAAUCGGACUAAAAGUAAAGGUCUUUGCUAUGAGGAUAAAUAAGUAAAAAAAAACUUAAGUACCUACUGCUUAUUACCUCAAAACGUAAGACAAUCGUCUCGCCUGUUGUAAUAGAGAAAAUUACUAUAAAAUCGAUAAUAUUAUAUGUAUAUACAUUUGAUACCAAUAGACACUUAGAUUCUAUUUGAUGUUUUCUAUAUUUGCACAAAUAUAAACAGAAUUCCCUCUCUCUACGUCUACUUGUAUGUAGGUAUUCUUGUACUGAUCGACAUUAUAGUUUUGUUAGAUACUAUAUAAAGAGCAUUUAGUAUGUAUAAAAUAAAGUAAAUGUGUAUUUUAAUAACUGUAAUUCUUAUACAUUAAAUAUUGUAAAUAUGUGAAUCGACAACAUAUUUAUGAAUAGUUUUUGACAAAACUACCUACUUGUUAAGAAAAUAAAAUGUUUAAUGUCUGCCGUUGUCGUUA